ACAACACCCUUGUUUUUCUGCAAUUUCGAAUCAUGACGAAACGAAGCAGAGAAGAAUGCGGCGACUCCACCGGCCAGAACAUCCAAAGGAGAAUCGAGCUUCCUGAAGAUCUGUUCUGCCCAAUCAUGGAGCGGCUGCCGUUGAUCGACGUUAUUCGGGCAAAAGUGGUGUCUCAUGCCUGUAACUCUUCCGCAGCCUCCGUCCUGUCAUCCGACUCCCAUACGCGCUUCAUGAAAUCCCCAUGGCUCAUCCUUCCUCCAAAACAGCUCGGAGAAGAUGGCUACACCAGCAUGGGCAGAGGUCGCAUCAUGAAUCUCGAAGAAAACAGGGUUUACGAUUUGAAGAAGACAACAUCGGAUCUGGUUUCUGAGUUUGGUUGCAUUGGUUCCUCACACGGGUGGCUGAUUUUGUCUGACCACAAAAGUUUAACUCCGUUCCUCUUCAACCCUUUCACGGAGGCCCGCAUACAACUUCCUUCAUUGAAACCUCUGUUUGGCAUUGGUGGAAUUGAGGAAGGCGAAGGCGAUGAUGCACGCACGUGUAAAAUCCUGUGCGGGGAUGAUGAAUGGGUGACGGUGUGGAAGCAAGAGGUACGGCAAUCCUUUGUCUCAAAAGCCUUUUUGACAGCAGAACCUACUGGAGGAGAUUUUGCGGUGGUUUUGCUAUGCUACUACAACAAUACAGAAGAGGUUCUGUAUUAUAAGAAUGGAGGAGACAGAUCGUGGAUCCAAUUCUGUGGAUUGGGAGUUCCUAACUUUAUAGAAUGUUGUGACAUUAUGUGCUGUGGGAACAACCUCUAUGUCCUAGGCCCUGGAUGGAUCUCUACUUGGGAUUUAGGGGGUGAUCGUCCGGAGAAAAGAAGAACUAUUGAAGAUUUUCUGCCAGAGGAAUCAUUCGAGAGACCAAAUUUCUUCCGGUAUAGAGAUUAUCUGGUUGAAUCUAAUGGGGAGAUUCUGCUUGUUUUCAGGUUUGUGCCAGAAAAUAACAGUGGCAUAACAGCGGAAAUAUUUGAUGUGUUUAAGUUGGAUUUGGAAGAAAACAAGGGGGUACGAGUGGAAACUCUAGGGGAUGAUCGGUCCUUGUUUUUAGGCCAAAAUCAAUCUGUGUCAAUAUCAACAAAAGAUUUCAGCAGAUGCAAGGGGGACUCUAUUUACUUCACUCAUGAUACCUUGGGUUUUCACCUUUAUCGUGGUACUGAUAUGGGCAUCUAUAGCUUCAAGGAUAGAAAAGUUUCACCGAUUACUCAGUUUUCUUCAGAGAGAUGCUUAAAGCCUGACCAAGUGCCCCGUUGGCUCAUUCCAAGUUCUUGCUAAUUCAUGAAGUAGCAGUGUUAGUUUCUUUAAUUUAAUUGAUGCUUUCUUUUUAUGGGAGUUGAAACUGAGUAUUGUUCUGUUCAGGUGUUCUAUAUAUG